ACAGGCUGGUCUCUGCUGCGAGCCUUCAUUGGUCCCGCAGUGGAAAAGCAGCUGGUGACUCACCUCCUCGGGCUAUAAAGGGCGGAGCUACGAGUACAAAGCUGAACAAGGCAAGGCAAACUCAACCAUUUGCACUGCAAGCAGAGACAGAACUACUUCCAGACCUGAUUCAGGAGAGAGAUAGAGAGAGAGAAAACCUGAAUGACUUUGUAAACCACAAACACAUACACGAGGACUGAAAGAAGAACUGAGAGCCUAAAAGAGGAUUACAACUGAGGACUCUGCAGGAACUUGUUUGGUGGGAUUUUUUGUUGUUCUUUGUCAGGUGAGACUUUGUGUGGGAAGUGAUUUUCUUAGUAACAUGAUCCCAAUCAUGGCAAACUCAACCAACCAACUUAUUGAGGACUGUCAUGCCACAAACAAGGCGCUGUAUAAAUUCUACGCGGCUGUCAUGAUCGUGAUCUUUAUCUUGGCUUUGCCUCUGAAUGCGUCCGUCCUCCACCUCUUCAUAUUCAAGCUGAAAUUCUGGAAAUCCAACACCAACAACAUCUUCCUUUUCAACCUGGUGUUGGCCGACAUCCUCCUGCUUUUCUGUUUGCCCAUGAAGGCGUACAACUUCAUCCAGGGAGUGAGGAGGAGUAAGGAAGAUGUAGUGUGCAAAGCUAUGCUCUUCAUGUUGUUUUUAAACCGAGGCGCCAGCAUCGCCUUCCUGACGGUGACUUCCAUUGAUCGAUACUUCAACGUGGUGCAUCCCGGUCGAAAGAAUCUCCUGAGAGCUCUCAAGAAGUCUCCACAGAUCUCUAUCCUCAUCUGGCUGUUUCUCCUGCCUCUCACCAUUCCCACCAUGCUCAAGAACUUUGAGUGCUGCAACAGCCACAAAGACGAUGACAAGGAUAAGGAGGACGCCUUGAUUAAGGAUGUGGUGGACAGUCUGCGAGAAACCGUCUUCUUUACCCAGAUCGUCAUCCCCUUCAUCAUCCUGGUGUACUGCACGGUGCGCAUCGUCAACCGGCUCAGGAAGAAGACAGUUGGGGACAGGACCAAGCUGAGGAGGGCCGUCUUUCUGGUGACCACCGUCAUGGUGGUCUUCUCCUUCUGCUUCCUCCCCUGCACCAUAGCCAGGAUGGUUCUGUUGAUCGCCCGGGUCAACGCGGGUGAAAACUUCCAGGAUAAAGCUGCUGUGGCCUUCGACGGCCUCAUGGUGCUCUCCUACAUGGACUGCCUACUGGAUCCGCUCAUCUACUGCUUCUGCAGCACAAAGUUUAAAGCUCUUUACCUCACCAAUUAUUUCCCAUACUUGGUGAAAGACGCUGCACCAACAGUGGACAGCUCAACAGCGAACACAAGGCAACCCACGGCCAAUACAGUCCUUUGAAUAUCGUGAGAAACAGAGGCUGGAUGGCUGUACAGUAGAGACUGUUAGGUAAAAGAGGAAUCUGAAGAUAAAAUGUGCUGUGAAGACGUACAGUAAUUAUUAAAGUGUCUAUUUUCUAUUGAUUGUUACAUAGAAAUAUAUAGAGGUACAUAUGUAAAUAGGAGGGAUUGUUAUUGUUAUUGUAAGGGGGAAAUAGUUUCCGACAUGUCUAUAAUAUGUUAACGUUGGUGGACUUUUAUUCAGUGAACAGUUUUUAAAGAAGGGAAUGUCCCUCAGCUGAAGUAUGAACAUCUGUUUUUCUGUUUUUCUUGGACGGAAAAGUGAGUUAUGAGUUAUGAAAAAAUACUUUCAAGAUAAAAAGAACCAGAAUCUUAUCUGUUGAGUCAUAUCAGCCUUUAUCUAAACUAAAGAGAGCCAAACGAGCAUUAGAGUUUAAUGCCGUUAAUCGAGGCUCAGAAAACGGAACCGUAGUGCCCGAAACUCCAAACGAAGACAACUAAUAUUGUUUCACAGAAGAUUAACUGACACGGAUUUCUCUGACAGGGGACCCCAAAAAUAGAUGCAUAUCAGGCCUUCUGUUACAUAACGCUGACUCCUAAAGGUUCAUACCAUCCAUGUUGAGUUGUACAACUGUUAUUAUAUACAUAUUUUCUGUCUGGGAUAAUCUAAGCCCAUCACAAACCCCUGGAGAUUCGAAGAUUCCAGUAGGACCUUAAUCCACAGGGUUCCCACCCAUUCUUAAACAUUAAAUUCAAGUACUUUCCAGGCCCAGUUUCUUUAAAUUCAAGGACUCCAAUAUGGCACCGUUUGAUUAAAAUUAUAAUGAGACCUUCCAACAAUAAAACAACUGAGCAACUGCAGCUCAAGAACUUUUAAUAAUCCAGUUCUUUCAAGGCCUUGACUUUCCCCUUCAAAUUCACAAACUUUAGAUUAUUUUAAGGACCCGUGGGAAGCUUGAGUCCAGUAGAUAACAUGACAUGCCUCAUAAUUUAAAUGAAUCAUGCCUUUAGCCAGACUGAACAUCAUCUAACCCAGACUUUAACUCACAGAAAUUCCCUGAAUCACCUGCAGAGUCACUUACCUUGAUGACAUCAGCAUUAAUAGUUGGGGUAUGCCUGCUUGUUCACUGUCUGGCUAUAAAUACAUGACUGACUAACUUUAAGUCAUCAAGUAAGUCAAUUAAAAUCAACCAGCGUGGGGUCUGGUGAUGCUGGGGUUAAUUUACUCAUGUGUGUGAUGACACAUCAUUGUCUAUCAGAGAAUACGUCACUGUUUUGUAUUUGUCUGUAACAGUACAGUGUUACCUUUGUUCUGUGGAAUAUUGUGCAACUGUCUUAUCACGUUGAACGCAUCGUAAAAUCUAAUUAAUCACCAUGAGUGGAAACAAAAUUAAGGAAAUCCCCCAUUGAAGAUCUGUACUGACCUCAGGCUCACAAAGAAACAAGCAAAUAUUUGUAUGUAUGCACAACCAGUCAUCGGUCAAUACGUGAAGAAGCGAGCGACAGUAUUUGGUUUUGCAAAUGUCACCUCUGCACAGUCGACAGUGUUUAAGUAGUGCAUGAAAAGCCUGCAGAUGUUUACGGAGUCAACAUCUUUUGUACACUCACUGCAGAUUUGACCUGAGCAGAGCUGUUUGUUCAUCUGUUUGGCAUUCAAUACAUGAACUUUUUUUCUAUGUAUCCACAUUAAUGAAGGACAAAGUAUAUAUUUCAACUAUAUCUGUAAAUGUACAGCCCGAUUCAAGUAGGACUUUGUCUCUUUUUUUCUUUGGCUCCAACCCUAACCCGAAAAAAUGUGGCAUGCUAAGAUUAAUGUGUAGUUUAAUUAUUAAUUUAAAUGAUUUAGGAUGCAGGUGCUUUAAUGGUCCAAACACAUGAACACUUACUCACUUAAAUGUUGUGAUUUGUUAUGUUACAGAUAGAAAUAAGUCCUGAUAAUACCGUUGAUGUUAUCGUACGUCGUUACACGGCUACUCAAAAGGAUUUAUAAUAAUUUGAGCUCGAUAUCAUCCCGUGAAACUGUUUGAUAAGUGUGUGAGAGAAGGAACUCUGGGUGCAAACAUCUUCUGAAUUCUUAUCGUUGACGUUGUCAAGAGUUAUGUAUGUCAUUUUGGUAAAUGUAUAAUAGAGCAUAGAUCACAUUCAGCAUUUUAUAACUCUGUUUUACAGAUGACAUUGCAUUGCUUUGUUUUUUUUUUAUGUGUUUUUACUACUGCUGCAAUAUGUGAAUACGUAAAUAUAUUUUUUAUCUUUGAGUA